CUGACACGUGGGGAACCGGCGCCCGCGGGGCGGGUAGGAAGGUGUAGGUAGGUGUGUCCGAGUAUGGCAUCAACCAAUGCUGGCCUUCACGGGGGGUAUGGCUUCUCACGCUGCUUGUGAGUCAGGGUCAGGAUGAAAGCCGUACUCAAGCCUUGGAUACCACUGUGGACAAAUGAUGAACAAACGUCCGCGAAAGCAGCAGCUGCAACUCUGCGCUGUCCGCAAAGCCCAGCCCCAGAGUCACCUCGCGCGUUCCUCCCGGCCCGGCGCGGUGAACUGGCCCGCGCGACGUCACCCAUUGUUUACAAAUCAACCCAAGCCGGCUGGAUCCCUGCUCCCUGGUUGCUGCUGGGGCGAGUGCUGGCUUCCCUGGCUCCUGCGUCCCUGGCCCGGCUUUGGCCCGCGCCCACCUCCGCCGCGGUCUGCCCAACCCGCGGGCAGCCGAGCCACCACCGCCGACGCGCGCAGGACCCCGGGUGCCCGGGCGGGGGGCCAUGCCGUGCCGGAGGGAGGAGGAAGAGGAAGCGGAGGGGGAGGAGGAGGAGGGCAGCUUCCUCCUGCUGGAGCAGACGGUGACGCUGGGCGGCUCGGGAGAGGUGGACCGGCUGGUGGCCCAGAUCGGCAAGACGCUGCAGUUGGACGCGGCACCCGACAGCCCGGCCUCCCCCGGUGCGCCCCCUGGGCCGCCGCUGCAGCCCCCGCGACCCCCGGCGGCGUCCCUGAGGCUGCCGCGGGUGUCUGCCGAGGCGGGGAGCCCGGCGCCCCCCGGGGCCGUGCGCUGUGCGCUCGGGGACCGCGGCCGGGUUCGCGGCCGAACUGCACCCUACGGCGUGGCGGAGCUCGCUGCAGACCCAGGUGUGCUGCCCCGGCCGUGCAGGCGAGAAUGGCUCCAGGGCUCCGUUGCCUCCCGGCGCCUGCAACAGCGGCGGUGGACCCAUGCUGCUGCCCGCGCCGGCAGUGACGACGACCCGCACCGGCUCCUGCAGCAGCUCGUGCUCUCGGGAAACCUCAUUAAGGAGGCAGUGCGGAGGCUUCAGAGAGCCGUCGCUGCGGUGGCAGCCACCAGCCCCGUGGGUACCCCUGGGCCCGACAGCGCCAGCAGCGGACCGGAACGUGUCGCUCUGCAGACCUCGGGUAAUGUUCUCUGACCCGAACCUCCCAGAAGAGGACGCUACCGCGCAGAUCCUGCUGCAUCCAGCUCCUGUCAACCCUGAGCUGAAUCUUCUGUUUCCAUCGCGAAGGCGGCGACGCGCGGGCUGUAGGAAAGCGCUUGUAGGAAACCAAGCGGAGAAUUAACUGGCCCCCGGCAAGGUUGCCGGACAAAACUUAAAGCCUGGAGAAAUGCACGAGCCAGGUUGUGUCUUUUCCUCUUGUGAAAAUUUCGCCUUCCCAGGGCCAAAAACCCUGGGAUAAACUGAGGGAACUAUGGCAGCUACUUGCAUCACCUUGUACCUGACGACUUGGCUAUCAUGCACUUGAAUUGUUUAAAGAUGGCUCACAGGGGUGGGAAUCCCGAGGGCUUUCUACCAACUUGUAAACUAAUGAUAAUUCAUACAUUUACUCUUUGUUUUCCGGUGGAGGUGCCUACUGAAAACGGUGCUACAAUUGCUGUGCAAAACAAUUCUGGGGUGAAGUAUGUAAAACUUUGCGGUGGGUGGGUUCCCUUCACCCUCUCUCUCCCACUUGGUAGGCAGCUGGUGGAAAUGGAGACCGGAACUUCUGUCUGGAGACAGAAGGGUCAUGGAGGUUUUCCUAAGAUGGGCAGUGUUGACUUGGCAUGUGGACUCUCAAAUGACUUGACCUUGCCACCUGUGGUAGGAGGUCACGUUUAACUGUAAGUGGGAGGCUUCCAGAUUCCUGGGAAAACUAAGCCUGGGUUUCUUGUUCCAAGAAGAAACCUGUCUGCUUUGCCACCACUUGGAGUCCCUGGAAGAGACACAGGCAAAGAGGGACAUGGCAGGAGGUUGAUUUUGGAGGAGCUUCCCUCUUUGCAGAACAACUCCUCCUGCUAGCAGGCUGCUCUUGGCCAUGCUACCAGCCUUCUCGGAAACUGUCAUAAACAAAUUCUUGUCCUAACUGGCCUUUCUUCCUUCUGGUAGCUGUAGGCUUGGAUGGGAGCCCUGGACACUUUUCUGCUUUUACUGGGCCUUUGGUCACUCGCAGUUUGUUUCCUCCUCCUGUGCCAGCUUUUCUUGUGAGUGACUGAAACUUUUUUUUUUAAACGUGACCCUCCAGGAGGAGAAAACGCUGGCUUGACUCUUGUGAAACUUGAGGGCAUUUUAGUAAGGUGCCACCCCAAACUUUAAGGUAGCUAAACCAAUUUUUUGAAGAUUGGAUGGCUAGUUCAUCCUCCACAUGUAGCUAUUGACGUGUACUUCGCAACGGAGUGUCUGAAUUGUGGUGGUCCUGAUUUAUAGGAUUUCUUAAUUAAAAAUGUCUGCUGAAUAUA